UUUAGGAGAGGGAGAAGGAGAAGCGAUGAAGGCCUUGGUUUUCGAGGUGUGGGACUUGAUGAUCUGUGAGACUCGGCCGAGUUCCAAGCUGCCCGAGUCGUCCAAGAUACGCCUGGAUACCGGCAAGUCCAAGACGCUUAUCAAGCGCCCUCAUCUGGAUGCGUUUCUCAAGCGCAUGGCGGAGCUGUUCGUGCUGAUUCCCUACACCACUCGCUCGCGGGGCGUCACUGACAAGGUGCUGGACGCGCUGGAGCCGGAUGAGCACCGCUUCUCGCACAGGUUCUUCCUCGAUUCGUGCGGCAAUGGGAUCCAUGGCAAGACCAAGGACUUGAGGAUCCUGCAAUGGCCCAUGGACCAGGUGAUCGCUGUGGACGAUUCGUGCUCCAAGUACGACAGCCACUCCGACAACGUUGUGAUCAUCCCAACGUUCAGUCGGACUGAUCUGCGGAAGGACCGGGUGCUGCUGGAUCUUAUGCCGUUUCUCGAGGGUCUUGCCAAGCGCGAAGUCGAGGACGUGAGGCCGGCCAUCCGUGCGAGGUUUUUCGAGAACUUCCCGGUCGCGAAGAAGGGUAAUCGGAAGCGGAUGUUCGAGAUGGUGCUCGAGAAGAAUGUUCGGCCGGUGGAGACGGUUCUAGUUGAUGAUCCGCCAAUAGAGGACAAGAAUGUGGUCGAUCUGGAUCCGGAUGAGGAAACGAAUGUGGUGGAUCCGGUUGAAGCGAUGGAAACGAAGGUAAGUGAUCUGGUGGAAGCGAUGGAAACGAAGGUGAGUGACCAGGAUGAAGUGGAAGAGAUGGAAACGAAAGUGAAUGAUCAGGACGAGCCAGUGGAAACGAAGGCGAGCGAUCGGGAAGAGCCAGUGGAAGAGAGGGUAAAGAAGGUCCGCUGGCUCAUUCCAGAGAUGGAAAAGAAUCGGGAAGAGCCAGUGGAAGAGAUGGAAAAGGUGGCGAAGAAAGAGACGCGGAGGAAUGAGCAACCGAGUGAAAGAGGGAGGAUCAAAGCACUCGGCCGCGCGCUGCUAAAGGUUUUGCGUCAGCCAGUUCUUCAUCCCAACUUGGAGAUGCGACCCGACGGUUUUUGCAAGCUCGAGGAGCUGCUGGAGCUGGAUUUCAUGACAAAGUCAGGUGUACCUCUCAGCUCCCACACUGCUGCCGAGGCGAUCAAGGCGGUGGACAAGCUGACUAAAAAGUUGGCCAAGAUGGUGGACGAAACCGGAGCGCUUUACAUCGGAGCACUCCAGGAACCAGUGGCACCUAAUGGUGAGACCGAGCAGCUGUUCCAGAAGAUCGAGAAGUCCCCGGUUUGUGUCUACGGCACAUCCAAGCAGGAACUGGAGGAGAUCAUGAAGAAUGGCCUCACGGCUUCGAGCUCGAACCCGAUGUACCUGGUGAUGGCAGUGCCGGACGCGGAGAUCGCGAGUAGCAUGCGCAACUCCAGCGAGGUUCUCAUCACCGUCAACUUCCAGAAAGCUCGCAAGGACAGGAGCAUCGAGUUCUACACGUCAGAGAAUGGCUUGAUCUUCAGCAGUGGCUCCAUACUGGUCAAGUACUUCAAGCAGGUGGUGGAGCUGCCAAGCAACAAAGUGCUGCUCUAGCUCCGGCCAAGGGGCCUCGGUUCUUAAGAGUAGUUAGAUCUUUUCUCAAGUCUUGGAACGAAUCUAUAAGAAAGUUUUCUAGAUAUUUAAUCAAUCAGUCUUCGAUUGGCUUCCAAAAAAACGAAA